UAGUCUUGGAAACAUUUAGUUAUCAUUUAGUUAUCGAUAUCGCGACCAACAAUGAUGAUCAACAUUUUCUAGUGUAAAAUGUGUGUUAAUUCAGACUCGACGUUGAACGUCGUUUCUUGAUACUCUUUUCAGGAUUAUAAUCAUCAUCAUCUGUAAACUCAUCAUUAAACUCAUCUUUAGAUUGAUCGAUAAUUUUCAUCUUUAACAAUUUCCAUUUCAAUUUGCAUCCAAACAACAACAACAACAAUUAGAAAUGAAUUUAUCAUCUUUAAUCAAUUUACUUUUCCUUUUAUCUUGUUUAAUUAUAUUAACUGAAUCUCGUGUCCAUGAAAUAGCCACUUUUGGUGAUCAAAUUGCUUCUUUACCAUGUGAAGUUGAUGUUAAAAAUUGUGGUUCCAUUGAAAUGAUAAGUUGGUUUAAAAAUGUUUCAAAUGAUUGGGAACUUGUUUAUUCAUAUACAAAGGGUGGCCAUGAGAAAGUAUUGGGUCAUCUGAUUAAGCAAGCCGAUAAAGUAUCAAUGGACCAUUCAAAUAUGAGCACAACUGGAAUAACCUAUUUAAGGAUUAAAAAUUUAAUGUUAAGUGAUGAAGGAAGUUACAAAUGUGAUGUUACCUAUUCUCAUAACAAUAAAAAUUGUCCAACUUUAACUUACUCUAAAUUAUUCACAUUAGGAUCAAAGGACCAUCUUCGUCCUCCUCGUAUCACUGAACAUCCUUCCGACACAAUAGUAGGUCGAGGUGAACCAACCAAGUUGGACUGUCGAGCCGAGGGUAAUCCCAACCCAACCAUCGAAUGGUACAAAGAUGGUAAGCCAAUCAACGGCGCUCACCACAACCGACUCGCUCUACCAACGGGAUCACUUUUCUUCCUUCACGUGAUUCACAAUAAAAAGGAUCCAGACACGGGAACUUAUUGGUGUGUUGCUCGAAAUGAAAUUGGUAAAGUUCAAAGUCGAAAUGCAACUUUAAACUAUGCAUUUUUACGUGAAGAAUUCAAAACUGUGCCCAAAAGUCAGGCGAUUGUCUCGGGAGAUAAAGUUACCCUUGACUGUGUUCCACCUCGAGGUUAUCCUGAACCCAAAGUGUACUGGGCCAAAGAUGGAAGGCCAAUAAGUCUACCAACAAAUAGGAUUAAACUUGUUCCCGGUGGGAGUUUGCGAAUCAACGAUGUUAGGCCAAAUGAUGCAGGUCGUUAUACUUGUAUAGCUGAGAACACAAUUGGAACCAAGGAAUCACCUCCAGCAAUCCUGGAAGUUUCAGUGAAACCUUAUUUCAUCCGAAAUCCUGAAAAUGUUUCAGCUCUUUCUGGUGAAACAAUUGAAUUCUCAUGCAAAGUGGGCGGUGAACCUGCACCUUACAUUACAUGGACCAAAAAGGACGGCAAAAUCGCCAUUGGAAGAAUACAAAUUAAGGAAGAUAAAACGUUGAGAAUAAGAGAAGUUAAACCUUCAGAUAGUGGUGUUUAUAUUUGUGAAGCCGUUAAUCAAGGAGGACACAUAUCAUCAUCAGCAUCUCUAUCAGUCGAUUGUAUACCAAGUGACUUUUUAAUUCAAAAUGUUGCAGACAAAGUGCCAACCCAUUCACCUGAAAACCUUCGCCUUGCCGUACUCAAUGAAACCUCUGCCAACCUAACCUGGUCAGCCUUGCCUGUUGAUCAAUGGAAAGGUGAACCCAGGGCUUACUUUAUUCGCCUAAUGUCAACAGACCAUCGUUUCUGUUCACAUUUCAACACAAGUCCAUAUCAAACUGACCUUAUUCUUAACAAUUUGAUUUACGGUGAAACCUACGAGAUAUCUGUUGCUGCCUUAACUUCAUCAGGUAUUGGCUCACUAACCGAGCCCAUUCCUCUUCACAUGGUUACCAGUUACAGUUACAAUUGGCAAACUGGUUCACCUUCAUCAUCAUCCUCAUCAACUCUAUCCGAGUUGCUUCUCAAAGACACUACCUCUUUGACCUCAAACAGCCUAACAAAAGAUCCAAUCUUCAUCUUUAGUGCUAUCCUCGCUCUAUUUAUACUCUCAUUUAUAAUACUUAUUUUAUUUGCUCGACGUCACAUCAACUGGAACAAAGGAAUGGGUGCCUACAUAACUGUUCAGCUCAACAACAAAUGCGACGACCUGGUCGACUCCAAGUACACCAAAGGCAAUGGACCUCUAACAGGCCCAGGAGCCGGUGGAAUAUCAGCCUCUUCAAUAGGUAAUCCAGGUUAUUGGUUGACUGAUAAAAAACUGUCGACUUUCACAGCCUCAUCAUCAUCCUCAUCACCACCAAAGGGUGCAUCAAAAACACAAUCAAAAUAUCAUCACCAAGCAAACUCGGGUCCACCCGUGCCAGUCGGUCAAGACUAUCUAACUGCCCAUUCAGAUGAAAGUGCGACAUGUGAAAAUGUAAAUGAAGCCAGUAAACGUCAUCUAACCGGUUCAAUCAAUGGUGUGCCAAGUGGUGAAGUUGAAAGUGAAUUGGAUGAAGUUGAAGAUUGCAUUGAAUCAGAUUAUGCCGAAGUUGAUGAUCGAAGUUUAAAGACAUUUGGUAAACGACUCUACUCUUCACCUUCAACCGAACCUUAUGCAACAACCACUCUAAUGAAAUCGUUUCGUGGGUCAACCGAAAACACAAGUCUACUCGGUUGUCCAACCUCAAGUCAACCCAAUGGCAAGUCGAUGCAUUCACUUGCCUCAAGUCGACCCGUAAAGGGUGAUGUUGCGGGUAAAAAGUUGAACCUGUCUGCAGUCUCUUUAAACAGCAACCAUUACCCACCGCACCAUCAUCGACUUUCAAGUGUCAAUGGUAAAGGCAACAAACCAUUGACCAUGGAAGGUAAACUCAACUCGCAACAGCAAGCCCAAUAUCACAGUCAACAUCAACAUCUGAGGACAAAUCAGUCCAACUCUUUUCACCAUUCAUCGCACCUUCUUUCAUCCUCUUCUUCCUCAUCAACUUCAUCCUCUAAUCAAAAUAUAACUUUAAUCAACUGCCAAAAUGGUGAGACACAGACAACGGGUAAAUCGCUUCUCACCAACUAUUCAAAUGGUAAUCAUUUAAAUUAUCAUUCUCAUCACAAUCAACAUCAAUCACGUUCAUCUUCACUUUCAACCAGUGACUUGAUAAUCAACUCUGCAAAUGCCAAUAGUCGUUCAUCACCUUCAGCAUCAGCAUCAGCCUCACCCUCAUCUUCAUCCAAUUGUUCAUCAACAAUCAAUACCAAUGGUAUUAACAAUCGUGAUAACUCAAACUUGGUACCAUCAAAUGUAACUGUUCAUUGUCAAUAUCAUCCCAUUGUUUUAGCCUCUUCUGGCUCUUAUUUCGAGAAAUAUUUGUAAAGAAUUUUCUUUUCGUUCUCUUUCAAUGAACGAAACCAGAAAAAAACAUGAUAGAACAAGCAGAAAGAAAAAAGAGUUUGAUUGCUUUUGCAAAAUUGAUUGCAAGUGAAUUUUACUAAUUUGGAUUCCAUUAAAGUCCAAAAUUGA